GCACUGUGGGGCAUCUCAGCGACGACAGGCGGAAAUAACCGUUAUAUUUAAACAAACUGCGUCAUCUGCAGCUUCUCCAAACGGCUCGCGGGCAUCGCGGUGAACGAGGGGAGCAGUCGGUCGCACAGCGGCACAGCGCUUCUGAACGGCUCAGGUUGUGUCGGGCAAAUCAGAUUAUUGACUCGGUCAACUGGAUUCUGACGUAAAGGGUUUAAACCCGACAGAAGCAUCGCGGGUGCUGCUCGCGCGCACGCUCCUGGAGGAGUGCAGCUCGUUCCACCUUCAGUCAGCUCUCUCUCGCUCGCACUCUCUCUCUCUCUCGGAGCAUGACUUCUCAGACACGCCACUGCGACUGAACGGGACGGGCGGCAACAUGGCCUCGUAUCUGCCGAUCGCUGACGAUGAGAAGGGCCACGAUUUGGACCUUUUCUGUAUCCCCAAACAUUAUGAGAACGAUUUGGACAAGGUGAUCAUCCCGCACGGACUCAUCAUGGACCGGACUGAGCGUCUGGCCCGUGACAUAAUCCGGGACAUGGGGGGCCACCACAUCGUAGCUCUGUGUGUGCUGAAAGGAGGCUACACCUUCUUUGCAGACCUCCUGGACUACAUUAAAGUACUGAACCAGAACAGUGAUAAAUCACUCCCCCUGACAGUGGAUUUCAUUAGGGUGAAGAGCUACUGCAAUGACAAGUCGACAAACAGCGUCAAAGUCAUAGGAUGGGAUGAGCUGUCCAGUCUCGCCGGGAAGAAUGUUUUGAUUGUUGAGGAUAUUGUAGAGACGGGAAGGACGAUGGAGACGCUACUUUCCCUGCUGAGUGAAUGCAAUCCAAAGACGGUUAAAGUUGUGAGCCUUCUGGUGAAGCGGACCCCCAGGAGUUCAGGGUACAGACCAGACUACAUUGGUUUUGAGGUGCCGGAUGCCUUUCUGGUGGGCUAUGCUUUGGACUACAAUGAGUACUUCAGAGAUCUCAGUCACAUCUGUAUACUGAAUGAUCAAGCCAAGGAGAAGUACAAAGUAUGAGCAGAUAAAGUGCUGCAGAGGCGAUGACUGAAAUCAAGACUAGGACCACUGUGAUGCCCCUCCUUAACUUUGCUGUGUUCUGAAUCUUAUUUAACUUUCUACAUAGAAAUCCACAAAAUGUGACUUGUGGAUUGUAAAUAACUAAAGAACAUUUAACGUCUCCUCUAUACAUGGGAUCAGUUAUGUGUUGUGAAUAUUUUGGUUGUUAAAUUUGAAAUUAUUUAUUAUUUUUUUGUGUAUACUUUUCCUGUAAAUUGCAGUUUUAUCUUGGAGAUGGAAAGAAGAAUGUCAUUCAUUUGUUAUCAGUGAGCUGUCAGUCAAAUUUAAGGAGCCUUCAGUUUGUUUCUUUCAACUUAAAAUGCGGAUAUAUCUUCAUGCCAUGGAUUUAGCAUUAUGCCAGAUCGUGACUGACUUGGAAUGUACUGUAUGUUUAAUUUCAUAUGUGACGUUUUCAUCGAGGACCUGUACACAGCAAUAUAUAAAUAAAUCUCGUCCAAUCUCUGAA